AUGUCGCUGGCUCUCUUCCUUCUUAGUAUGAAGUACUUUUCACGAUUUAUCAAAAGAAAAUUAUCUAAUCCGGAUUUCAACUUCCUUUCGAAAUGUGAUAAGCUGAAGAUCACUCACCUCCUUUUUGCUGAUGAUCUCAUGCUUUUCUUCCAAGGUGAUCUUCCAUCUUUCCACAUCUUGAUGGAAUGCCUCCAAGAGUUUAGGGACAUCUCCGGCCUUGACGUCAAUACUUCCAAGUUGUGCAUCUUUACAUCAGGCGUACAAAAUAACGAGCUUGAUGGAAUACUUGCUAGGAUAGAGUUUGCUAGAGGAGAGAUGCCCGUCCGAUACCUAGCAUUCCCUUUGUGGCACAACAGCUUUCAGUCACCGACUACUCACCGCUUGUCGACCAGAUAUCCAAUUGCAUUUCCACGUGAAAGGCUAAGUCCCUUUAAUUUGCGGGCUAAUUGGAACUUUCUAGUGGCGAUCGUUGAGAAAAUUCAUCCACUUUGCAAGAAUUUUCUCAGGAACUCUAGGAGAGCACCAGUUGCUUGGGAGGAAAUCUGCCAUCCCAAGGAAGAAGGUGACUUUGGUAUCCGACAUAUUCAAUCCUAG